GAAGCGUAAAACUAUUGCAUUUCCUAUGCUACUUUAGAAAAAAGAAACAUUAGUUUGCACCCCUUAGCACUUUUCCAUCCUCUCUAUCCUCUCAUCCUUGGGAGUGAUCAAACAGUGUCUAAGUGUUCAAUGUAGUACUGUAAUUUACCUAGAAGGCCAGGUCACUGCAUGAAAUCUGGGGUCUUGAGCCAUGGAUAUUCCUUUCUCCACCCUAAAGAUGUAAAAAUAAUCUGCCAUCUGAAAAAUGCAUGGGGCGAAUUCUGCUCGGGGCCAGAAGCUGCCAAUCACAAGGGGAUUCAGAGCGAGCCGGUCACGGCUACCAGAGGAUUUGCAGAGGGAGCUGACAGAAUGGGGCCGGCUGCAUGGUGACUUUCCCCGGCAGGAUCGUCUGUAACCUAAUGCUGCCAGUGCGUUAAGCCAACAGGACCUGCCAGGGAGGAAGGGAGAUGGGGAAGGCCUGGGGUUGGCAAGCAGGGGGAUUGCCCAAAUGACUCACAAAGGACAGAGAGAAUGAAGCAAGCCAUCGGUAGAGUCUGUAACUAAGGAGGUCAAAUAAUCAGGAAAACUGAAGGAAAAUAGUGUUGAAAGUGCCCAGUGGGGAAGAUGAUCUUGAUAAAUACAGAAAACAGGAAACCCUUGCCUACAGCUGUGUUUUUCUGCUCUCUCUAGCAGGAUGCAAAGGUGAGCCUGCUCCAUUUGAAGCCCCACUGAUAGAAUGGACGGUUCUUGGUCACAGCCCUCUUGCAUGUCACUCCUGGAGCUUGAGUGUGAAACUGAGAGGUCCAGAAAGCCAAGCAGAGAACCACCGGGAGCAAACAGGGGCCCCAGGCUUUGAAGUGCCUUCUCCCCGAAACCUGCACAUGACACUGACCAGGUGCCCCAGAGGUUCUGGUACUUACCCCCUUAGGGGUCUUUCCGGGGCCCUGUGGCCAGGCCCCAGUUCUAAGAGGGCAGCCUGGGUGGCUGGUCACUCUGGCCAGUGGAGUAUUUCUUACGGGGAAUCGUGAGAUCAGGCCACCAGAAUGUUUUAUGGCUAACAAGCCGUAAAGAAGGACCAAGGGGGAGUUAGGGUUUAUACAGACAGGAGCCAAAUUUGUUUGGGACCUAGGGGUGGCCCUGGCAAAGUGAAAAUGAACAAAGGGUUGAAAUGGGCAAGUGGGAGGGUAGCCUAGAUGAGAUUGAAGCCAAGGGUAUAUAGCCAAAAUAUCCUAUAUACCACACUGUUGUGAUUUAAAGCCAGUGAGAUUUAAUCUUGGUCACCAUGGCUGUACUCAGCCUCUAACACAUUACCCAACGUACGUUUAAACAUUCUGGAGUGAAUGAACUCUUUUUACACCACAUUCUUAGUUAUACACAUAUGUUAUGCAUCCGUUCAUUGCACAGGCUCUGAAAUUUCCAAUGAAGCCUUUCCGUUCCCUGCCCUUACAUUAACAUACUGAUUAGUCAUUGUUAAGUGUCUGCUCUACCAGGCACUGGGAACACAGUGGAGAGCAAAUACAGACGCGGUCCCGCCCUUCUGGAGCUUACAGGCUAUGGGAGGAGACAAAUAGGAUAAUCAAAUAAUCACAGUAACAAGUGUGUAAGGACAACUGGAGGAAGUGCAGUAAAGGAACAGGACAGAGUUCUCUGAGAGCAUGUAAGGAUGCCACUGGGGUGGGGUACAAAGGGAAUUUCGUUUUUACCUGGACUGUUUUCUUUUGAUGGGGUUCAGGACGUGCUACCCCAAAAUAUAGCACUUUGGCCUGUGGAAUAUUUGAAACUGAAGGAAAUUGAGAAUGGCAUAUGGAGGAGGGACUUUCUGACCUUCCUCUGAAGCAGAUCAUGUGAGAGGUGCCCUGCUUGUACCCAGAGGAAAGGAACCUCCUUAUCUCCACGUGAGGGAUGCCGAGAGGAAUCUAAGCAGACCUCGCUGUUUCCCCAGUUUCCUACGCUCAGCUCGUGUCCUCUCGUCCUCUCCCAUUUUCCCUUAAUUCUCCACUCUUCAUCCAAUCGAGCAUAAACACACUCAGGUGUGACUGCCUCUUUAGGUCUUCAUUCCCUUAUGAAGGCUCCCACAUCACAUAGAACUUACAUCAAAGACAUUUGUGUGCUUUUCUCAUUAGUCUUUUGUUACAAGGGCCCCAGCUGCGAACGUAGAAGGGUAAAGGGAAAUGACCUUUUCCCUCUGUUAUAGUUUCUGGCAACCACGGAGGGAUGGCUGGGACACCUCAUUGGCUCUGUGGCCUGUAGACAGGAUCCUGGGAAAACUAACCAAAACCAGUGAAAGGGAUUGUGGGACUUUAUCACAUCGGUUUGUAAUAACACCUCGAAGAAGAUAUCCAAUUCAACAGACCCAAUAUUCCUUGCUGGGGGUACUUCCCACAGUAUGCUGGAAUGGUUAUCACAAGAAGACUGUGCUAUCUGCUCGUAAUUCCAAAAUGGUGUGCAGCCCAGUGACAGUGAGGAUUGCUCCUCCAGAUAGCAAAUUGACUCGUUCUCCGAUACGAGAGCAAAUUAUCAACUCAACACUGUCCUCACCAUCAACUAGUGCCCCAGACCCAUGUGCAAAGGAGACAGUACUGAAUGCCCUCAAAGAGAGGAAGAAAAGGACAGUGGAGGAGGAAGACCAAAUAUUUGCUGAUGGCCAGGAAAAUAAAAGAAGGCGCCAUGAUAGCAGUGGGAGCGGACAUUCAGCAUUUGAGCCCCUGGUGGCCAACGGAGUCCCUGCUUCUUUUGUGCCUAAGCCUGGGUCUCUGAAGAGAGGUCUCAAUUCCCAGAGCUCAGAUGAUCACUCGAAUAAGAGAUCCCGCACCUCUUCUGUGAGCUCCUUGACAAGCACAUACACAGGUGGCAUCCCUAGCUCCAGCCGCAAUGCCAUUGCCAGUUCUUACAGUUCUACUCGAGGUCUCUCUCAGCUGUGGAAGAGGAGUGGACCCGGUUCAUCUCCCUUCUCUAGCCCAGCCUCAUCCCGCUCCCAGACACCAGAGCGGCCAGCAAAGAAAAUAAGAGAAGAGGAGCUUUCUCAUCAUUCUAGUUCUUCAACUCCAUUGGUAACAGACAAGGAGUCCCAGGGAGAAAAGGUUGCAGAUAAAACCACAUGUAAGAAACAGAACUCGUGGAAUUCCCCAUCAACACCUGGCAGCUCUGGGCGGCGUAAACGGAAGGUUCAGUUGCUGCCCUCCAGGCGAGGGGACCAGCUGACCUUGCCUCCACCUCCCCAGCUUGGUUAUUCAAUCACUGCUGAAGACUUAGACUUGGAAAAGAAAGCUUCUUUACAGUGGUUUAACAAGGUCUUGGAGGAUAAGACUGAUGCUGCCUCAAACUCUGUCACUGAGAACCCACCUACCAGUCAGUCUUCUUUCACUUUUACCCUGCCUGCUGCUGGGACUGCUUCAUCCCCAGCCUCCCUCCCAGCCCCAAGCACUAACCCACUGUUGGAGAGCUUGAAGAAGAUGCAGAAUUCCCCAGGCCUACCAUCCCUCCCCGAAUCUGCUGGCGUGGCAACCACUGUGGCCCAUUCGCCUCCGAAGACACCCAGCCCUCUGGCCCCUCUGGGCUCUUCAGAGUCAGCACCCCUUCCAGGCACCUCCGAAGACUCCAAAUCCACCACCACUUUCUUGGGGCUGACCCCUGCUUCUUCCCCAGGACCAGUCACUGACGCCAAGUCACCUCCGGACCCUCAGGCUGAGACAUCUGCCAAAUCCCAAGCCCCGUCCGCCCCAUCUCCCAGCCCCAAGCAGAGUAUUCUGUUUGGAAUGCUGAGCACCCCACCUGUUAACCCUCCUGCCUCUGCGGCCCCUGCUGUGUCUUCAGCAUCUCCCAUGUUCAAGCCCAUUUUUGUGGUCCCACCUAAAAGCGAGAAUGAGGGCCCCUUGCCCUCUAGCCCUUCCAAGGUCACAGCCGCGGCAUCUUCCAGCUCAGCCGUCCCCAUGACGACUAGCAGCCCACCCCUCACUUUCAAGCCUAUCUUUAGCAACAUGGGGCCACCUGCAUCUGUGCCCAUGUUAACUCCCUUCUCCCUCAAGCAAACAGCUACUCCAGCCACUACCACGAGCGCGCCUCUCUUCAGCGGCCAGGCUGGCGCCACCUCUGCAGUGGUGUCCAUGACCACAGCCAGCGCCUCCGCAGACUCUGCUCCAAAGCCCGCGUUCAGCUUCGGUGUGCGCACCGCGACCAGCACCCCGAGCAGCGUGACUAGCACCACCGCUUCCGCCUCCCAGCCCUUCCUCUUUGGGACUCCCCCUGCUUCCGGUGCCAGCUUCACCCCAGCCGUGGGCCCCAUAUUCCAAUUUGGCAAGCCUCCCGCCAUGCCCGCUUCAACAGCAGUCGCCACCUUUGGCCAGUCCCUUCCCAGUGCCGCCCAGACCGCCCCCAGCAGCAGCAGCAGCAGCAGCAGCAGCACAGCCAGCUUUAGUGGCUUUGGCAGCACCCUCACCGCCUCAGCCCCAGUCAGCAGCAGCCAGCCCACGCUGACGUUCAGUAGCGCCACCGCCCCAGCGUUCAACAUUCCCUUCGGCCCGAGCGCCAAGCCACCUCCCUCGUCCUACCCAGGAGCCAACCCCCAGCCCGCCUUCGGGGCUGCGGAUGGGCAGCAGCAGGGGGCUGCCAAGUCGACCCCUGUCCCCAGCUUCGGCAGCUCUUUCACUUUCGGGAACUCUGCAGCCCCGGCCCCGACUGCGGCUCCAGCGCCAGCCCCGGCCCAGCCAGCCUUUGGUGGCACUGCGCAGUCGGCCUUCAGCGGUCUGAAGGCCACGGCCUCUGCCUUUGGCACCCCUGCCAGCACCCAGCCAGCCUUUGGCGGCACCACAGCUGCCUUCUCCUUCGGUGCAGCCACCACCUCUGGCUUUGGAGCUACAACCCAGACCGCCAGCAGUGGGACCAGUAGCUCAGUGUUCGGCAGCACAACACCAUCGCCCUUCACAUUUGGGGGACCGGCAGCCCCAGCCGGUGGUGGGGGCUUUGGGAUCAGUGCGGCCACCCCAGGCACCAGCUCUGCCUCUGGAGCGUUCGGCUUUGGAGCGGGACAGAGUGGGACCACUGGCAGCACGACCCCUUUCGGGGGAGGCUUGAGUCAGAACAGCUUGGGCGCGCCCAGCCAGGGCACACCCUUUGCCUUCAACGUGGCCAGCACGCCGGACAGCAAACCUGUGUUUGGAGGCACCUCCACACCCGCCUUUGGUCAGAACACCCCUGCUCCUGGGGUGGGCGCAUCAGGCAGCAGCCUCUCCUUUGGGGCAUCCUCAACACCCGCCCAAGGCUUUGUCGGAGUUGGACCUUUCGGAUCGGCGGCUCCCUCCUUUUCCAUUGGUGCGGGAUCCAAGACCCCAGGGGCUCGACAGCGACUGCAGGCCCGAAGGCAGCACACCCGCAAGAAAUAGCCUUUGCCCCUGCCCCCCACACCCCCGCCUCCCUUGCCCAAAUCUGGACCUCAGCACCUGCUAGGAAGAGCCUCUGACCCUUCCAGUUCCAUAACGCAGACCUGUCCCAGACCUCUGGCUUCGGCCACCAGGGAGGUGGUGGCAGCCCCAGGGGCUGUUUCCCUCUUCCAGGAAGCAGAAGCCUCGGGCCUUUCGAGGGAGGAGGGGGAGGCAGGAUGUGGCGGGGCAGAAGCCUAUUACUACCUUACUUGAACAGUUCCACUGGUGAGGCUGGAGAGAACUAAAGAAACAUCUGUACAUAUCGUCCACUGCCUUCCCUGACUCUCGUUUAGUGUAUGAGCUUGGUCAGGCGGCCUCCCUUCCCGCCUUUUCCCUGAGAGCCAGCUUUGCCGGAGGGCAGCAGGUAGAGCCCUCACCCACUUGCAUCUCUGAUAUGCACUUGAUGGGAUUGGGGGGUGGAUUAUCCCUAAAACUUUACCUUGCUUGGCUUGGCUAUAAAAAGUGGUUCUCCCCCUCUGGUCCCAUUAGGGGAUUCUGUUUCCCCAUUUCUCGCUGCUUCAUCCCUUACUGGUUCCUUGCAGGAUCGAUUCCAUUUAAAAUGAUCCUGACUCUAGCUUUGCCUUUGGAGACCCCAGCGGGUGCUGCUCCUGCUGUUCCACUUCCUCCUGCCAAGUCCGAGCCGCUGUUUCAUCCCCGACCCUCUCUGCCAGUUUGGCCCCUAAAAGCUUGGUGGCUCAAGACUGUUAGCCUGGCAGACCCAGGGGUGAUACCUUCCCCAGGAGAGGGAAGCUCCUGGAGCAGGCAGGACGCCCCCGCUGCUUUCAGCUGCCUCCUUGCCCACCGUCCCCGUUGGCCUCAUUGGGCUCGUCUGCCUCUCCGGGAUCGUAUGUCUAAAGCCUUGUCCUGUGUUAUUUUGUCUGAUGCUCACGUCUAUUGCUCUUUGAAUCGAGUUUGGAGGAAGAACUGAAUUGUAUGAGUGGCGGCAUGUUGGUAGUGCCGGACUUACCUGUUUCUCAAGUUCCUGGGGCCUCGCUAAUUGAAUGUGGAAAGUAGCACCACUUAUGGCUACAAGUGCCGAGUCCUGAAUUUUCAAAUGGUGUUUUGACUUUAAGGGCUGGCAGCCCAAGGAGGAUGGGUCUGAGGGGAAGCAAAGGCCUCUUCCCUCUGCUGUUUCUUUCCCACCUGCCUAACUUCACCGUAGGCUAGAUCACUUGUAGUAUCUGUUAGAAAACCUAAAUUAACCACAUUUUAAAAUGGUAUCUUACUUCCUCCACCCCUUCCUUCCUUCUUCCUUGGUUCCAAAACCACAUACCCCAGGCCCAAAACCCUUGCUGCCAUGCCCAUCCUCUUUGGGAGAAGUAUGAAUGCGUGUGUCUAAAUUAAAAGGAAAAAUAUUUAAACAUUUUUUAACAAAAUAAAAAUUUAUUUUUGUAUUUAAGCUAAAUUGCCUUUUAAAUUCCUUCAAGCUUGGUUCAUUGAGGUGGUUAAGUAUAAAUGCUAUUGACUAGAAAUUUAGCUGUAUAGUUAAGUUAUGCCUGUGUGAAGAAGAGGCUCAAAUGCUGUCCCAGGCAGCUUUCCUGAGGGACUAGAGCUCCUUCCGGAAACACAAAAUGUAAUUCUUAUUUUAUAAAUAACGUGAUGUAGAUGUAACUAGUCCCCCUCCCCUUGGUGAAUGAGCGUGAAUGUUGUGUGGCAGGCAGGGGACUGUGCCUCCCCAGCCCCAAGGAGAGCUCUGUUAGUACUUAACUGUUGUGUGUGGAGCUGAGGAGGGACCCGAGCCUCAAACACCUGCGCCUAUACCUUACAUAAGGUAGCCCCUCUCAGCUUAGUACCUGCAGCUACAGCUAGGUAAUUUACCUCGGUUCCACAGGCAGGACAGUUGGUCCAGGAGCCCCCUGAAGCGGGCGUCCUGGUGCAGCCUGAGUGUGAGCGCGUGAGUGCGGGUGUGGACAUGUACGUGCACUGGACAGGGACGGGAGGCUGGGACUUUCCAUUACAAAUACAGACUGAAUUCCUGUGAGUCUAGUUGGAAUUUUUAGUAUGAACGUGAGAUUGUUCUCCUCGCUUAUGUCAUUAAAAAAAACUGUGAUCUAUCGUA